UUGACAUUAGACAGUUGCAAAAUAUUGGGCGUUGGGAGAAUUUAAUAUUUUUUUAAUCUUAAAACAUCUGGUUUAUUACUUGAUAUUAUAAAUAACAAAUAAUAAUUUGUUAAUCAUGACAGCCCCAGCAGCCGGUGGAGAUACCAAUAGGGGAAGAACAGUAGCUUACAAAGACAAAAGUAAACCUGCCGAUGUCAGAACCAGUAAUAUUAAUGCCGCUAAAGCUGUUUGCGAUGCAAUUCGUACUAGUCUUGGUCCCAGAGGAAUGGAUAAAAUGAUACAAGCUGGAAACGGAGAAGUAACAAUUACAAAUGAUGGAGCUACAAUUUUGAAACAAAUAAAUGUUAUACAUCCUGCUGCUAAAAUGUUAGUAGAGUUAUCUCGAGCUCAAGAUGUAGAAGCUGGUGACGGUACUACAUCUGUAGUGGUUAUUGCUGGUGCAUUAUUAGAUGCCGCUGAAAAAUUAUUACAUAGGGGCAUUCAUCCCACAGCAAUUUCAGAAUCUUUUCAAAGGGCGUCACAGUUAGCAGUAGAUAUUUUGACAAAAAUUUCUACUCCUAUUGAGAUUACAAAUAGAGAACUGCUAAUCAAAAGUGCAUCUACCUCAUUGAAUUCAAAAGUCGUCUCUCAACAAUCUAGUUUACUGGGACCCCUAGCAGUUGAUGCUGUACUUAAAAUUGUUGAACCAGGUAGAGAACAAGCAUGUAAUUUAUCUGACAUUAAAGUUAUUAAGCAGCUUGGAGGUACUGUAGAAGAUACUGAAUUAGUAGAGGGAAUUGUAUUUCCACAAAAAUCUUCUAAUGUUUCUGGACCAAAGAGAGUAGAGAAAGCCAAAAUUGGUUUCAUUCAAUUUUGUAUUUCACCUCCUAAAACUGAUAUGGAUCAUAAUGUAAUUGUAUCAGAUUAUGCUGCUAUGGAUAGGGUAUUAAAAGAAGAGAGAGCAUAUAUAUUAAAUAUUGUUAAACAAAUAAAGAAAUCUGGGUGUAAUGUUCUUUUGGUCCAGAAAUCUAUUUUAAGAGAUGCUGUCUCAGACCUAGCUCUGCACUUUUUGGAUAAAAUCAAAUGUAUGGUUAUCAAGGAUAUUGAAAGAGAAGAUGUCGAAUUUGUUUGUAAAUCAUUAGGUUGUCGUCCCAUAGCAUCUUUGGAUCAUUUUGUUGCAGAAAAUUUAAUCACUGCAGAUUUGGUUGAGGAAGUUGGAUUAGCUGGAAAUAGAAUGGUGAAAGUAACAGGAGCUCAAAAUGCUGGCCAUACAGUAACUCUGCUGGUCCGUGGCUCGAAUAAAUUAGUACUUGAAGAAGCUGAAAGAUCUCUACAUGACGCCCUUUGUGUAAUUCGUUGUCUCGUUCGUAAGAAAGCACUUAUUGCUGGAGGUGGAGCUCCAGAAAUUGAAGUUGCACUUAAAUUAGCUGCUAUGGCUGAUAAAUUGGAAGGAAUCGAUGCUAUUUGCACAAGAGCAUAUGCUAAUGCUUUGGAGAUUAUACCAUUUACAUUAGCUGAAAAUGCAGGAUUAAACCCCAUCCAGACUGUUACUGAAUUGAGGAAUAAACAUGCAAAAGGAGAAACUUCUGCUGGUAUCAACGUUCGUAAAGGUGCAAUCACCGAUAUUCUCGAAGAAAAUGUUGUUCAACCACUUUUGGUCAGUACAUCUGCUUUAAGUUUUGCAACAGAAACAGUGAGAUCCAUUUUAAAAAUUGAUGACAUUGUGAGUAUACUUAUUCAAAAAUAUUUAAUUUAUGUAUUCAUUUUAAUUUACCAUCUUUCAUAUCAAUACAUUUGUCAAUGAUGAAUGUCUUUUGUUAUAUAUUAAUCAAUGGUAAUUUUUCAAAGAUUUUCUUGCACUGAAAGCUUAUAUUAUACUUCAAUAUUGAGCAUACUUUUUUCUACCUUUUUUGUAUUUGCUUUUAAAUAUUUGUAGCACAUAUAUGUACUUAUAGUACUCAUGUUAUAAAAAUAUCAAAAAACCUAUCGAUAGAGAAAUACAAAAAUGAAAUCAAAAUGAAUCUAAAAGUUAACUGAUAUCUGAAAUACCAAAUGAAGUGAAUUUUAUUUUUAGGUCCCAAUUUUGCACAAAAUAUUUCUAGUGACAAAGAAUUACGUGUGAUAAAUAUCUUUUGCAAUUUUUAAUACAGCACUAGUCACCUAAAUAGCAAAACAAGAAAUAAAAUAAGAUCUGAUACUUGAUUAUGACUAAUUUCAAAAAAAAUUAAUGACAAAAAACAACAGAGCAAUAUCAAGUAUUAAAAUAUAACUAAAACCAGACGAAUUAAAACAAACAUCUGAAAAUUUUGAAAGAAUAUACAUCUAAUAACUCAUUAUGACAUCAUAAGAUUAUACUAAUAAAAUGAUGAAACAACUUACAUGAAAUUUAAGCAGGAUCUUACGAAUUUGUAUCAAAAACAAAAUGAUCUCAUGGGAAGAAAAACUUUAUUUCGCCAACAGAUGCAAAGAUUUUCAAAAUUCAUUAUGCCACACCCCCAAAAAUAUAUGGUCUACCAAAACAUCAACCUGAGGGAAAAUCUUUUAUAAACGUUUCAAAACAAAAUAAAUAAAUAAUAUAUUACAGUGGUAAAAGAUAUAUUAAUGAAAAAAUUAACAUAAUUUACUGAUGUAACAAUUAAAUUUGAACUAUAGAUUGUUUAGGGAGUCGUUUUGGCUUUUAAGCCCCUCUGCACCUAUUCCUAAAAUGAUAUUUUGUACAUGACAUUGUAUCUCAUUGUUCUGUCACCCAAAUAAAGCUGUUUUUUGGAAGUUUUUUCUCUCACUUUCCAAGGUUUUAGAACUACUCUUUUGAGGUACUUAACCUUUUUGUUGAAAUUCAUUGGAUGUAUGGAUGCUCCUUACUACCACUGCUCACUUCUGUGAAUCCAGCGCUGAGGAAUAGUUAGAAUUUCGUCUACUUCCAGUUGACGAAAUGGAGUAAUAAUGGAGGUUUUUAUAAAAUUAACAAUAACAUAAAAAAGAAUGGUGUACAGAAUCUACCGUGUUCUCAAGAUAUUGAAACUUUAAUUCAUGUCAUCCUAUGCAACAAAAAAGAUCAGUGAUUAUUAGUUUGGCUGAUAGAUCUAUCUAACUAUUAGAUUUUGAAUUUGGAUACAUAACUAUUGAAAAAGUAAAAAUUGCAUUGAGAGAGGAUAAUUAUCCUGAAAAAAUUAUAAAUUACAAACAGAACUUUACAGUUCAUUCUAUUUCAACAGCAUAUCAGCUGUUUUCUUAGAUUGCCUAAUUGGAUGACAUUGUACAAAAUUCACAGCAAAUUAUACGUUGAAAGAUGUGCUUUCUAAAAUAUCAGAAAAUAACUUCAAAAAUGUCUAUUUUUAGAAACAACAUAUAUAUGAACAGUGGAUUAAUCAAAAAACGAAUUUAAAUUAUGUUAGUGUAAUAUAUGCAUAUCUUUUAGAUUUUGAACGAACAAACUAUAAAAAUUCAAAGUCAUCUGUAUAGAUCUAACUUAACUGAACCUUAAAUUGGACUUCUUUCAAGUUAUUCAAAAGCUUGGAAUACAUAUAAAAAGAUUACACUCAUAACCUCAUAACAAUCACAUAUAUCAUACUUAUUAAUAAUUUAUACUAAAUUUCUUAUAUUGAAAAAAAUAUAUUCUACCUAAUUCUUUUUCUGUUUUAGGUAAAUACGUUCACGUAAGAUCUGCUGCAGCACUAAUAUGUUGAAUGGCAUAGCAAGUUUAUCCUCAGUUUCUCGAUUUACUUAGUUUUAACUGUAAUUUAAUUAAUAAAUUUAUAACAGUACUAAA